CACGCCUUUGGUUUGGCUGCGGGAAUUUCCUCGGCGAACAGAUCCGAUGGUGUUCUCAUCCGCGAAGGUGCGGCGACGUUCGUGGAGACCUGCCUCCUGAGCGUGCAGAUCGGAGACGUGCGGGAUGUGCAGUUGUGUAUCUGCGCUUUUCGUAGUGUGCCGUGGCGCCGAGUGACCUUUGUGCUGUAUCCGCCCCCCUCGCCGAGUGCGCUCUUGUGGCCGGGCGGGCUCUAUCGCAGCUGCACUUUCGCCGAAAGCGGCGAGGCGAGGCGAGGCGAGGCGGCGCGUGGCGUGGCGUGGCGUGGCUGGCGCGGCGCGGCGAUGACGGCCGCCGGCAAGGACCUGCAGUACUACGAGCGCUUCCUCUUCAACGACGAACGAGAAGACGUCCAGAAAAAGACGUUUGCGAAAUGGAUCAAUUCCCAGCUCAUCAAGAGCAACCAGUCACCUGUAGUGGAUCUGUUCACGGAUCUCAGAGACGGCAACAGACUUCUUACCUUGUUGGAAGUUCUUACUGGAAAAACAUACAAACGGGAGAAAGGCCGCAUGCGGGUCCACCACCUGAACAACGUCAACAAGGCGCUGCAAAUUUUAGAACAGAACAAUGUAAAACUAGUUAAUAUAAGCAAUAAUGACAUAGUUGACGGUAAUCCCAAGCUUACAUUGGGCCUUGUAUGGAGCAUUAUACUUCAUUGGCAGGUCCACUAUCACCUGAAACACUUGAUGUCGGAUCUACAACAAACUAAUUUGGAGAAGGCUCUCCUAGCAUGGUGCAGACGAAAUACGAAAGAAUACGCUGGAGUUGAUGUACGGAAUUUCACCACAAGCUGGUCCGAUGGCUUGGCCUUCAAUGCUUUGCUUCAUCAUUGGAGGCCUCAGUUAUUCGACUUCAAUAACAUUGCUCGCAAGCACCCCAACGCCCGCUUGGAGCACGCCUUCCGCCUCGCGCAGGAGCAACUGGGAAUCGAAAGACUGCUGGACCCUGAAGAUGUGAAUACUUCAGUACCUGAUAAGAAGUCCAUAAUGAUGUAUGUAAUGUGCCUCUUCCAGUCUCUACCUCAUACGGACUUAGAAGUAAGCAGCGUCGAUUUGUCUCUUGGUUCGGAGACAAGUUCAUUACUAUCUCCUGUCGCUGAGGGUAUUGGCACUGUACCUGGUUCACGACCUCUCAGUUUAGCAACAAAUGUGUCAGUUGAGCUAGGUAGUUAUCAAGCAGCUCUUGAAGAAGUUCUUACUUGGCUCUUGGAGGCGGAAGAUAAGUUAAAUAAUACUCCUCCUGUGGAGGGCAACUUAGAGGCUAUUAAAGAGCAAUUCUAUCAGCACGAGGACUUUCUCCGAGAACUGGCUGGGCAUCAAGAAGGGGUUCGUGCUGUUUUGGAGGAAGGUGCACAUAUGGUCUCGGAAGGUGGUUUAUCUCAGGAUGAAGAAGGGGAAGUUAGAGUUCAAAUGAGACUUCUGAAUUCUAGGUGGGAAGAUCUCAGAAUCAAAGCCACCAAUAAACAGAGCCAAAUACAUGCUCUUUUAAGUGAAAGACAGCAGACACAACUCGAUGGAUUACGUCGGUGGCUGACAGCAACCGAAGACAGAAUGUCUCAUUUAGCCGAAGAGGAACAGGCUGGCCUAGGUGGAUUGGAAGGAUUGAAGCGAAGAAUAGAACAGCAUCGAGAACUUCAGCAGGAUCUUCAAAGACAACAGAGUGUAGUGGAUGCACUGAAACAUAUGAUUGUUGUUGUAGACGAUUCCUGCCCAGAAAAUGCGUAUUCUCAGUUAGAAGACCAGCUUACUGCUUUGGGUGAGCGAUGGGCACAUAUCUGCCAGUGGGCUAAGGAGCGCUGGAGUCGCUUACAAAACGGUCAUUCUGCUUGGAUGUCCCUUGCCGACGACUUGGCUAGACUCCAGGCGUGGUUAGAUGAUCGAGAAACAGCACUGAAACAGAUGGAAGCUCAACCCGCGGCUGAAAUCGGAGAAGUGCUCGGACGGAUUGGCAAGCUUCAGGUUUUGCGAAGAGAAAUGGAAGCCCAACAAAAGCGUAUUACACAUCUUCAAGAGAAAGCAUCUUCCUUAGAUGGUGGUGGAACAGAACUCUUGGAAAAAUUAGAAAUACUUCAAGAUCGAUGGGAUGCUUUGGAUCAAAUAAUGGAUGUUCAAGGUCAAAGAAUCAACAAUUCUGGCUUUGAUAUGAGCUGGACUCCUCUAGGAGAUGAUCCUGUUUCUGGCGAUCAAAUUCUUGAUGGUCAUUGGGAGCGAACUACUACCAUAACUACAGUUACCACCAAUGUAGUGUCUAAUAACCAAGAGAUGGUGCAGCACAGUGGGUCUAAAAAGCGUCGGGUAGGUUCAGCCAGUAGACAAGAAUUUCAGUCUGCUCUUCAGCAACAUCAAGUGUGGUUACAACAUGCUGAGGAUACUUUACACAAAGGAUUUACAGAUUUGACAGUAGAUGAACAGCAAAUACUUCUGGAAGAAGUGACAGCUGAAAUGCAAAGCCGCAAACCAGAGAAGCAGAGAGUGCAAACUUUAGGGCAGCAGCUUUUAGAUGAACUUAUGGCAGAAGGUGAAUCUGUCUCUGAGGAAAGAGACCUUCUAACAGAGGUGGAGACUAAAUGGAGUGCUUUACAGACCUUGCUCGAAGACCAGCAACGGAAGGUAUCCUUUCUUAAAGAGAAGCAUCAGUUGGAUGCAGAGUUGACUGGCUUGCAGUUGAUAUUAGAUGGUUAUCAGAGCUGGCUAGAUUCAGCUGUCAAGACCUCAACAACUUCUCCUCCAUCAUCUCCCACUUCAUUGCAGCCUUCAAUUACGCAACAGUUAGAACAGUGCAGAGUGAAACUAAAAUCAAUGAAAUCGCAUGAAGAAAGAGUCUCCCGUAUGAAAAUGAAAGCUUCUGAACUUAUUCAAAAUGAAGCUGCUGGUUCUGAUGCCAAAGACAUUGAAGAAGCGAGUAAUGCUUUUGUAGAGAAAUGGGGAGCUUUGUUAUUGAGGUUAGCUGAGCGACAGACAGAGUUGAGCAAUCAGUUGGAAAGAACACCACCUAGAAAAUAUUUAGAAGCAAUGGAAGCUCUUACACAGUGGGUGCAUGGUGUGGAAGGACUGUUGCUUUCAGAACAUGCUGUGGUGGCAGCAAUUCCUGCAAUGCAAGAUCAGCUGCACAAGUUUCAGGAGUUGCAGAAGACAAUAGAAGAUCAACAACCAAGUUUUCGUUAUGUGAGUACCACUGGACAAGAAUUAAUCUCAAGAGCUGGCAAUGAAGCUCAUGGUCAACGGCUUAGAGCAGAACUUGCAGAGCUGACUGCUCGAUGGAGUGAUUUGCCUGUGAUUCUGGAUGAACGGCAAAAGAAACUUCAGAAAGAUAUUGAAAUGCUUCGACAGUUCAAUGAUGAAGUAGAAGGCCUGAACUCUUGGUUGCAAGAAGUAGAAGCAUUCUUAAAAGCAGAAGAACCUCUUCCUGUAGGCGAUGUGGAUACACUAGAAGCUCAACUUGAACAAUCAAAUGCAUUGCAAGAUGAUGUUGAAACUUUACAACCUAAUCUCAACAAUAUAGAAAGUACUGCACAAAAACUUCUGGACAAUGCAGACACUAAUUUUGCAGAAGAACUGAAAACUCAAUUGAAUGCAAUUAGAGAAAAAUGGAAAUUGGUUGUCUCUGGUGCCAAACAGCAGAACAUUACUCUCAAAACUACUUUAGGAAAGUGCAAGAAGGUUUUAGAAGGUGUUGAUGAAUUCAAGAGCUGGUUGUGCCAAUUAGAAACAGAAAUUCCUGCAGCUUCAUCUGUAACGUCUUCCACUGAACUCUUCCAGUUGAAAGGAAAAUAUCAAGUGUUGAAGGAUAAUAUUGACAAAAGAACUGAAGAAUUUCGAAAUUUGAAUGAAAUGGGUAAUGAUCUUAUGCUAAGUAGUGAGAGCACAUCUGUUCAGGAGUUGGCCAGAAAGUUCACUCAACUUAAUGCCAAGUGGACUGAAGUCACUGACGGUAUAUACAAUAAACACAAAAUUUUGAAAGAAGCAUCAGAUCAAUAUGGAGAAUUCAGAGCUCUUGUAGCACAAGAGAUGGAUUGGUUAGACAAAUUGCAGAAACGACUCAGAAAGUCACCAAAAUCAGCAGCAGAUGCAGAAGAGAUAUCUGAAGAGUUGGAUGAUUUAGAAAAUUAUAUUAGAAAUCAUCCUGAAGCUCGAUUGGCAAAAAUCCAAGAGAUAGGAAGACGACUUGUUGAUGAUGCAGUGAUGCCAGGAACUGUGCAAGCUGACGUUGAGGCUCUGACUCAACGAUGGAGUCAACUUAGUCAGCAGCGACUCGUGGAAGAAUUUGAAACUCAAGAAAGUACUCUUCGUGAAAUGGAGGAACAAGUGAAAACUUACGAGGCUGCAGGAAAACAUGAAGCUGCUGUGAGACUGCAUGAGCAGAUGAUAUUACUACAGCGGCGAUUUGCUGAAGUUCAAGCAAAAUUUGAAAGAUUUAAAUCUCCAUCCAAUAUAGAACCUCGACUUAACAGAGCUAUACGCGAAUUACACAGUAUUGAAGAGGCAAGUUGUCUUCUUGAGCUGGCUUCAGAUGAUCCUGAGGGAAUUGAAGGCCAACUGAAACAUUGCUUGAGGUUCUAUCGGAUGCUCAGCGAUAUCAAAGGAGAAGUGGAAUGUGUUAUAAAAAGUGGACGAAAACUUGUUGAAGACCAUGCUGUCUCUGAGCCUGCACAAUUCAAUGCAAGAAUAGAUACUUUAAAGGAGCUUUACAACAAACUUGGAUCUCAAAUAACUGAUGCAAAAACACAGUUGGACAAUGCACUAGAGCUGUCUAGAAGUUUACAUAGUAAUCUUCCUCAGCUCAGUCAUUGGCUUGAUGAGUUAGAUGCACAUUUGGAGGAGUGUGACAAAGCAGAGAGUUCUCAAGAUUUGGAAGCUGGCAUCACUUACCUUAGAAAGGCUUUGGAUGAAGAGAUACCACAAUGGAACCCUGUGAGAGAUGCUGUUAGAAGUGAUUACAAGAAGUUCUCUUCAUUGUGUGAUUCUGUGUAUUUGGAAGCUCUAAAAGACAGAGUGUCGGAUGUUUUAAAACGUUGGGAUAAAGUAGAACCUAGACUUCGUAACGCAUUACGUGUUCUUCAGGACAAGUUGCUGAAAGGUGAAACUUUACACAAAGAAUUCACCAACAUUUUACAUGAAGUGAAAAGUUCUUUACAAGAUGCAGAAAGCAAAAUAAAAGUAUUGGAUGCUGUCCCCCCUAAUCAACUGUCUGAAAAACAUCUUGCAGAAUGCAAGGCCUUACAAAAUGAUAUGAUAUUAAGGAAAGGACAAUUAGAUGAACUUCGAAGUAGUGUGCAACAAAUUCAUUCAUUGGAUCCAUCUGCUGAAAUGCAACUUGCAGAUGGUGACAAACAAUACAAUGAACUUUGGGCUAGAAUACAGAAUUGGAGUGACAAGGCCACAAUAUUGGCCAAGGGUCAUCCUGAAACCAGCAGAGCUCUUGAUGCUACUAAAACACAAUCACUGCCAUCUUUGCCACCACCUACACCGUCACGAACACCACGAGGAGGUUCAAGGGGGAGAGAGGAGGAACAGAUUUGUAACAAAACAGAGCUCACAACAUCUCUCUCUUCCAAAGAAGCGUCCGAUCAACCACAACAAACUUCUAAUGUUUCGAGUUCAGAGCAAAUGGAAAUAGAUGGUGUUGGGUACUCCAAUCCUGCAUUUGAUGAUUCUGUUCUUGCUACAACUAAACUGGAUUCAGAAGGGGAAGAAAUUACCUGUAUAAGUCGUACAGUGAAACGCAAAGUGGACAUUGGAGUAGUUCCUGAUUUAGUGCCUUCUGUGAAAACCACGGAAUCACUUUGGGGGCAAAUUCAGCCCCAGGUGAAGGGUGAAGAUGAUAGCACUUUUCGACUGGCUGAAGAUAGCGUGUUAUUUUCUCAAGUUUCUUCCAACACACUUGUGCCACAGACAACAAAAUUUGAGGAACACUUAAGAGAGAUGCCUCAGUCACGGAUUCAGUCAUCAUUACAAGAUGAUUCUUGUCGAGUGGUAGAGAUAAGAGAAAUGGAAAUAGUGAAACAUGCUGUAUAUCCUAGGCAAAGCACUGAUGCCACCAUUCACUACGUCUCAGACACUGUAGAAAUGGUGGAAAUAGAAGAUACUGAGACAGAACCUGAGUCUGCCACAGAGACAGACUCUGAAGAUAAGAAAAGCAAGACGGAUGAUACUAAAGAUAGCCAGAGUAGGAAACGAGAUGAAGUGGAUGAUCCUUCUUAUGAUACAGUAAUACCAAAUAAGCGACUUGCUAAAAAAUCUCCCACUCCUCAAAAGAAAGAAACUGAUGAAGAAAUAAUUCGGGUGAGUCCAUCUACCAAAGUUGAUGUGCCAAUUUAUCCUUCUACUCCUGCUAGUAUUGAGAACUUGCUUAAUGAAACGGCUGACACACUUACUCGUGCUGAACCCCGCAAACUGAUUCUGGCUAGCCCUGUUGCAGAGAAGUUGGUCACCCCUACUCCACCUCCUACCCCAACUGCAUGUGCGAGUGAUGCUCCUCCUCCCUCUUUGUGCCUUCAGAUGACAGAUCGCGUUAAUAAAACUGAGCAGAUGACUGUCACUGCAUGGCGUGAUGCUGAGUGUACUUCUAACACAUGCAUGCCAGUUGCUCCAAGGCGUCGGUCAUUGGAAGAAGAAAAUAGAAGUAAAUCUUCUGAGGUAAUUUUGAAGAAAGAAAUAGAAGUAUCUAAAACCUACAAAAUAAUUGGUAAUAUUAGUGAUCUGCAAACACAAUCUUUACCUACUGAAAAAAUGAUUGAAGAAUAUGAAAGCUUUUAUGGUAGUGACAAGGAGACUGACGAUGUAGUGGAGUUCUCAGAUGAUGGUGUGUCUCCUUUGGAACUCGUCAAUGACUCUUCGAGUUCGGAAGAUGAUGAAGGCCCAUCUGUUAUGAGUCAUCUAUUAUCUCAACAGUUGGACAAGGCCUUACUUUCGUCAAGAAAGGAAGCUUUUGCCGGCAAGAAGGAAGAUAAACUCCAAGGAUCCGUGAAGUCUCCUGUCGCUGCGACAAGAAUUCCUAUUCGAACUGUGCCUGCAUCAAAUAAACCCAUAACAUCCUCUGUGGCAGUUGCUACCAGUGCAACUAUGUCUUCCUUUCCGGCGAAGGCUACUCCACAGGCAGCUCCGAGAAGCUCUAGCUCAAUUUUGCGGGGCACUGUGCCUCCUCUCUUAGAGAGAGAAAUUUUGGAGUUCGAGCAGGCUGCUCAGCAGAUGCUUCGACGCAUGGAUGUGAUGUUGGUCACUGUCAAGGGAGUUAGUGAUGAGAAAGAUCCUGUUAAGAGGCUAGAGUUGAGAAAACAUCAAGCUCAACAAGCAGAAGAAAAAUUGAGGGAAUUUAAUUAUUCUGUCUCAGCUUUGGAACCCUGGUUAAGAGAUGCCCGCCGACGUCUUGAAUUAGCUAACAAUGAUGAAGGGCAGUUACAGCAGUUGCAAGAGGAGUUCGAACAGAAGCAGAAAGAAUUUUCAGAGCUAGCAGAGCAAUCUGCAGAACUUGCAGCACUCAAUGUAAGGCACGGUGAAGCAUCUGUACAUGACAUUCAGACUCGAUGGCAGGAUGUUCAUGAUAGAUUUCAACAUUUCAAAAAAGAAGGUCUUGACAAAACAAAGGUGGUGCCUGAUACUAAAAGUACAAUGGAUACAAAUGGAACUCAAACAGCAGAUUUUGUGACACGAGUCAAUAAGGUGCGUGAAGCAGUGUCAACAAUAUCUCGCCAACUGAAUUCAUUUCCUUUGAGUGGAAGAGAUUAUGAUGGAUAUCAACAACAAGAAGAGUACCUCAAGAGAGUGAAAGAAGGAGUAGCUGCCCUAAAACCAAGUGUUGAUGACAUCGAUCGUUGGCUCAAAUGCAGAGAUACUUGGGUUAGUUUACACAGUAAUUGUCAAUCUUUUGAUGACUGGCUAACCAAUGCAGAAUCCAUGAUAACUGAAUGGCGUAGCUGUGAUUUUCCUUUGGCGGAAGCAAAAAUAAAACAAAAGGAGCUUGAGAAGCAAGUCACUAUGCGCACAAGAACCAUGUCAAAUAUGAACAUGGCAUGUCGGGAGAUAAUAUCACAAGGUCUUUGUGAUCAUAGAGAGUAUGUUGAAUGUAAAUUGGCAUCUUUGAAACGAUACACAUUGUCAUUAGAUGCAAUAAUAGCUUGGAAUUCUGUAUAUGACAGAGAGAUGGAAGUGAAAGAAGUAUUGGAAAAUUACAAUAAUCUGGAAAAGGAAUGUGAAGGUGCUAGACAGCCUGUAUCUGUUGAACUUCAGGAGAAGGUCAAGAAACUGCGAGAAGACUGGCAUUACGUGAAAAGCAGGGGAGAGGUACCCAUAACCGCCCAAGAAUCAAUUGUCACACCAUCUAUCAAAACAGUUACAUCUCCACCACUGAGAUCUUCUCCACUAGUUACUUCAAAUAUCAGCUCUGUGAAACCUGUCAGUUCAUCACCAUCAGUUCAUGCUGGUGAGCGUUUUGUGGAAGGAUAA